AUCAUCCAUCAACAGAGAGGCGACAGGCAUUGUCAUUGCUGCCCGUCAACAACAGCAAAGACACUCGAAGGAUGAGGUUCACCUCACUCUUCGCCAUCGCGGCCACGCUGUCGACGACGGUCCUCAGCGUCCACGCCGAUCAAAAUCAACAUCAAAAACAACAACCCGUGUCGGUCUACCUUCACCCUUCGCCCCAGGGUCAGCACGAGCACCAACAUGGUCAUCAGGUACCCACUUUGACGGGGGAACAGGCCCAUAUGGUCUUGUCACACCACUUUGGGCUCGCCGGUCAAGGUCAUUCCGCUGCCGCCAACAACAACGAGGGCGAGAAGAAGAAGGGUCUGUGGUCUCACUUGUUGAAGCCGCACGGUCGACCUACCUUGCAAUCCCCCGAACGGGCCAAGAUCCGCUGGCUCGGAGGACAAGAGGGGGCUGAAGAGUCUGCUCGACGUUACCGAUUCUCGUCUCGCUCAGACCCUGCACGCCCAGCUCUCUGCCCUAUCCCAGCUCGUCCAUCCUUCCACCUCUGCCAAGAGUGAUUCCGAUCAAGUAUGGGAGAGCACCGUCGUGCACGUUCCCGGUCGACGAGGUGCCGAGGGAGAGGAAGAGGAGUUGAGGCAGACUGGGUUGAGUUUCGUCAGGGCGAGCGUUCAGGCGCUUCUUGCCACCCCCAACUCUACCCCAUUCGUCCUGAUCAUCCUGCCUACCCAAACGACCACCUCCCUUGCGGCCUUCAAAUCUCACGCCAAACGGAUCUACAGCGAAGCCAUCCAGACGGUCGGG